AUUACCUGCACAUAAUUGUUAACAGGUAGGUACACACCGGGAACUUGACUUCCUUUAUUGAUCUGAAUUCUAUAAAUUAUCGAUAACAACCUGACGUCAAAUAGAAAAUAUUAACCCUGUUACAAGCUAUUACAUUGGAGAUCGAUAUACCAAGAUGGCCGAAGUAAGCCCAGGGUGACAUUUAUGAUAAAAUCACGAUUUUGACAGAGUAUCAAGAUGGCACAUCAACUUCAAUUAGAAAACAAAAAGUAUAGACAGUGGGUCAAGGCAGUUUUGGGAUUUAGAUAUUUAGCCGACGGGCUUGCGCCAUUCUGUAAUGACUUAGCUAUCAAACAGCAUCAGCAUAUCCGAGAUAGUAUUCAACAAUCAAAAUCUAUACCACCGACUGUAACAUGUGGAACCUGUCAAGUUGAAACUCUGAAGCCAGACCACAAAAAAGUAAUGAAUGCUGGAAAAAGAGAGUGUCCUCUUGGACAAGUCAAAUGUAGCUGUUUCUUUCCUAAGGACAAAAAUGCUGCUUGUCCAGAGAACAUAUGUGGCGCCAUAUAUGACUAUAUCAUAAAGAACUGUGCAUCCACACCACCUGCACCGAAUUGGAAAAACACCAAUGCCCAGCAGUGGUCAGUACAUCCAUGGAGCAUUUGUAAAUGUUUUAUAGAUGCUCCUGGGUACAAGGAAAAACCAUCUGCGUAUGACACUGAUUGUGCAGGGUUAAUACAUGUUAUUUUAAACAACAUUUAUUUUCAUAGUCACUUUGGAUGCAAUUUUACAGGAUCAAACAUCUUUACAAAGGUACGAAAGUGUAGAAAUGAGAUUUUUCAUUCAAGCUGUACGGAAUUAGAGGAAAAUGAUGCUAAUUCUUACAUAGAUGAUAUGAUUGCAAUUCUAAAAGAUAGUAAGGAACUCGAAAACCGCCCGGAGUCUCAACAAGCAAUAACAAUGCUCGAAAAUCUGAAGCAGAAAGACUUCAUAAUUACUACUGAUUGCCUUGAGAAAAUUCUGCAACAAAUUAAAGAAGAAAUGGCAAAAGAUCGGAAAUCAACAAAUGAAGAAUAUGAGGAGCUGAAAAAGAAGUUAACUGACAUUGAAAGACUACUAUGUAAAGAAAGGGAGGGAAAACUAGAAGUUGAAAAAGAACUUGGGGAUUUGAAAAAGAAAGUUUCUGAUCUUGAGACAGUGGUUUCCGAGCAGAAAGAGAAAAUAAAAAAGAUUACGAAAGAAAAUUCCACGAAUCAAAGUCAGUCAGACUUGGAGAAGGCCAAAUUAGAAUUUAAAAAGCAGCUGAUAGAAAAAUAUCGCAAAACUCUAUUGCAAGUUUCAACAACACCUUUACUACCAAGAGGUCAGAAAUGUAGCUUUAGAGAAAUUUAUGUUAGGCCAACUAUAACAAGUGAAAUAAAAGGAGAUCAAGGAGUGAUUAAAGAAAUAGAAAUAUCGUCAAUGUCAGAGAUCUUCAUAAAGAAUGGAGUCCCUCUGAAAUCUAUAUAUGUUGUUGGAGAUGCUGGGUCUGGGAAGAGUAGCUUUUGUAAGUAUUUGAUCAACUGUUGGUGUAUGGCACACAGUGACGAACAACAUGUAGACGACAGAUUUAAUGAUAUUGAACCAAUGAAGAAAUUUGAUUUCAUGUUUUUCAUUUCUCUCAGACACAAUCAAGACAUAGAUAUUGUCCGUGAUAUGCUUAAAAGUCAGUAUGAUAAUGAACUUUUAAGCAAAGUCCUUGAAAAGGACUCUGCAAAGAUUAUGAUUUUGCUUGAUGGCUUAGACGAAUGGUCUACUGAAAGGAAGACAUGUGAUCAAUUCCAGACCAUUGGUCUGCCACAGCAGGAUCUUUCCAAGGAUUACACAAUCGUAACAACGUCUCGGCGUUGGAAGAUUCACAACUUAGGAAUAGGUUACUCAGAGAUUGAGCAGUUACUGAAUCUAAAAGGAUUUGACGUAGAUAGUGAGAAAUUUAUGGUAAAAAACACAGUCUUACAAUUGAAUGCAAGAAGACGUGAUUGUAAAGAGGCUAGUGCUUGUGAGAAAAGGCUAAGAGAAAAGUCUUUGGUCACUUUGAAACAAAUUCCAAUUAUGCUUCAACAAUUAAUAUGUUUAUGGUUUGAUGGAAAGCUGGACAAAACAUCAAGGUGUGCAAUCUACGCCAGUAUGUUGGAACUUUUCUUUACCUGGAAUGAAUUGAAAACUACAGGAACUUGUACAGAAAGUAAGAAGGAUUCUCAGGAGGUCAAACUUCCUCAGUAUUUAACAGCUAAGAACAAAUGUAAAAUAAACAGCCAUCUCAUAUAUGAUGUGUCACAGUUGGCUUACGAGACAUUGUUUAAUUGUCCUAAGGUAAAGUCUUUGACAUAUGACAUUUCUGUGUUUAACGAAUUAAACAUAUCUGAUGAAGUUCGAGAAAGGUGUAUGAAACUUGGAAUUCUGACAGAAGAUGAAUGUCCAAGUUUAUCUGUAUCUGAACCACCGGGGUUGUUGUUCUCUUUUAUUCACAAAUCGAUGCAAGAAUUUCUGGCUGCGGUGAACAUUGCUAUCAAAUUCAUAACUGAAGAAGGUUCACCCGAGAGUAGAGAAAAUGUUAAAUUAGACAGGUGUUCUCAGUUUGUUAAAGAUGUUUUCCAGAAAUGUUCAACAGUAAAUAACAUAUUAGAGCAGUCAAAUGUUAUCAUAAUGCUAUGUGGUCUAGAGCCUAGAUUAGCAACAGAUGUUUCAAAAUACAUAUAUGAUAUUGUGUCAAAUGACCAAAAGGAAUACAGAACAAUAAAUAGUGAUCUUAGUUGCAUAAGUAAUAUUCAAAAACUUAUUGUUGAGUCAAUAGAAGAAUGCAAUGCAUCUGUUACAGAGAAUCGUCCUGUAUUUUAUAUAGGAAAUUUGGUUAUAACUAGUAACAAUGAAAUUGUUUGUUCAAGUAUUGAUCAAAAGCAAAUAGCUCCUGACUAUGUUCGUUCUAUUUCUGUAUAUGACAUUAACACCAGAAUUUUUUUAUUUUCUGAGCGUUUAUCAAAGUUUCAGCGUCUACAUAGAAUUGACAUAAAAUAUGACCAAGGAUUGUCGAGUACACAGAGUAAUAAACAGGUGAAUGAUAAGGUUAACGACUCUGUUGCUGGCACAAUUAAAGUGAAUGCCUCAACAUUAAAAUCUCUGUCUCUUGAUGGGAAUUUUCUUAGUGAAAGAAUGAAACCAGUGUGUAAAACAACUAUAAGUUGUCUACCCAGUGUGACCAAUCUUGUAGCAUUAAGAAUGAGAUAUAUAACAAUGAGUCAUAUUGAUACUAUUGCAUUUUGUAAUUUUCUUGCGGGAAACAGUCAUCUUGAAGAAAUACAUCUUGAAAAAAUUAAAUGUGAGUGUAGUGAGCACCAUGAUGUAGAUCUAUCAAAACAUAAACAGCUUCGCUAUCUUCAUGUGGCUGCUGGCAUUGAUGUGACAUAUGCUAAUACUACAAGCCUUGAAGUAUUCAGAUUUGAGACAUUGGAUAAUGGUAAUCAUGAGAAAGUAUUUGAUAUUAUUAGAAAAUCUAACAAAUUGAAAGAACUUAUGUUGUCUGUAGGUGUGUCUAAUAAUUCUCAAUUAUAUUCUCCAAAUGUAACAGGGAGACUUGCCUCAGUACUUUCAUUAUUACACAAUCUCAGUAAGCUUGAGUUAAGUAGAUUUAAUUUGACUGACAAUUUAAUAAAGUUCCCUUUUGAAAUGAAAAGUUUGAAGCACAUUGAGCUGUUUAUGGUGAAAAUGAGCUUGACAACAUGGCGGAAGUUUGUUGAUAGACUUCCUGACAUUCCUCAUACUGUGAAUGUGAUUGUAUCAUAUUGUUGUAUAACAAGUGAAGGUGAGGAGUGUAAUAUUGAUAUGUCAACACUGGAACCGAAAGAAUUUAGAGGCGGAAGGGAAAGUGAUGCAAUGCAGCAUGUAAAAGAUAAGGGGCAAUCUUUCGUUGUUAAAAAUGAUGAUUUAAAUCUCUUCUUAUUUUCAACAAACAAUUGACGUGUUUCUAUGGUGGAUUGUUAAACAUUUCAAUAAAAAGGCUGCGUUUGGAAAAAAAUAAAAGUUGUGUAUAUAUUUAAAAGAAGAAAAUGUAUUGAAUCUUGAUAAGAAGGGGAUAAAUCAGAUAGUCAUUUAAUGUUUAUAGAGAUGGUGAUUUAGAAACUUACGAAUCACAUUGAAGAUUCCAUAAUAACCGCCUUAUGAACACAUCUGCGAUUGUUUCAAAAUUUUACCUGUUCGUAUUAAAUGUUGAAUUUUGCUUAUAAGUUGCUGGUUGCUUGCAGUUACCACUACCUUCAAUGAACAGGCUCAAUCAAACCGAGCCUGCAACAUUUUCAAUGUUGUCGUGUUGGGCAUUCUUUAGGGAUUCUGUUUUUUUUCUAUCUAAUUUAAAUCAAGUAUAAGAUAAGUAUUAUGCGUACUGUUUUAAUAAACAAAAUCAGAGAAGGAAUGCAAUUCAUUGUCAUAUAAUAUAUUGAGUAGGGGACAGUUAUGAAAUGUUGACAGAAAUAGUAAAUGCCUUUUUUAUAUAUUUUCAACAAAAAAUGAGAAACUGGGAAUAUGUUAUACAUGUAUAAACACGUGUUAGAUAAAACAUAAGAUGUUAAAUAUUAUGUAUUUUUGAUAAAUAUGAAUAAUCGGAAUGGUUACUGUUGAGCAAUUUAUUCAAAAUGAAUUUUUCUAUAAAAAACAAAAAAUACUCAGAAAUAUUUGAAUUAUGUUUAAAAACAUUAUAUGUUCUUGUUUUCACAAAAAAAUAAUAUAUAUGAAUAGAUAAUAUAAAAUUUAAAAUAAUGUGCAAAGCAAUGUUAAACGGAAAAUUUAGAAACACAAUUUAAGGAGUAAUAGACGGAUAUAUAACGUCGCUUGAAAAAGCUCACAUCUACAGAACUUUCAUGUUAAAUAUUUGAGGUAAUAGAGUUACGUAAUUUACUUUUUAUGUAAGUUGGCAAAUGAGAGAAGAUGUAUUAAAAAUUAUUUAUUUAUUGUUUAGAUGAUAUAGAUCCCUGUGAAAUGAAAUAUAGAAUACAUGAUUUAUUUUUGUUUUGAUGAUACAGAUCCCUGUGUUGUCAUAUAUAGGACACACGAUUUAUAUAUUGUUUAGAUGAUAUAGAUGCCUGUGAAAUGAAAUAUUGAACACUAUUUAUUCAGUGUUUAGAUGAUACAGACCCCUGUGAUGUGAUAAACUAAACACAUGAUUUAUAUAUGUUUUACUUGUGAUAUGAUAUACAGGACAUAUGAUUUAAAUAUUGUUUAGAUGAUACAGAUCCCUGUGGUGUCAUAUAUAGGACACACGAUUUAUAUAUUGUUUAGAUGAUAUAGAUUCCUGUGAAAUGAAAUAUUGAACACUAUUUAUUCAGUGUUUAGAUGAUACAGAUCCCUGUGAUGUGAUAAACAGCACACAUGAUUUA